UCUUAUGUCACAUUUAAUAAACAAAUGGUUUCACAUUUUUAUCUUUCUUGAUAAGAAUUUUUCAUGGAGUAGUUAAACUCGUGUCUCACAAUUUUUAUUCUAUAAAUUAAUCACUAACAUGUAUUCUCGUUGUGGGAGUAGUGGUUCAAUUCAAAACAUACACCAAACUCCAUCGUCUUCCAAUCAAAACACAGAGGAUGAAGAUGAUAGUGGAGACAACAAAGCAUCUGCUUUGAGCUUUAAAGAAAGAAGAAGGGAAGCCCAUACUCAGGCAGAACAAAAGAGAAGGGAUGCUAUCAAGAAAGGAUAUGAUUCUUUACAAGAAUUGGUGCCCACUUGCCAGCAGACAGAUGCAUCAGGCUAUAAGCCUAGUAAAGCAGCUGUUCUUCAAAAGUCAAUAGACUACAUUCAGUACUUACUUCAACAACGUCGCCGACAAGAGGAAGAGAGGAAUGCGCUGCGUAAAGAUGUGGUCGCUCUCCGCAUCAUGCAAGCCAACUACGAGCAGAUCGUCAAGGCACAGCACUCGGUGCCUGGUCAUAACGAGCAGAGACUCACUGACCAGGAUAAGUUCCAAGUGUUCCAGGGUAUAAUGGACAAGUUAUUUGACUCCUUCGAAUCUGUGCCAACUAACAACUUUCACGAGUUUUCUGCGGGCGUCUUCAACUGGCUGGAGGAAUACUGUAAGCCUCAGUCUCUGAGGACCAUGGUACACGACGUGUUGCGGGAGCAGAGCUAUACGCCCUGACUUACAAUAAUAUACGGCCUUGUUUUUAAAUAAACAUUAUGUUAGAUAAGUUUAAUAUAGUUUUGUAAAUUUUUCAGCACUUUAUUGCAAAAAAUUAACUUUAGGGACAUGAAAGUGUAUGUAAGUCCCCCUAACAUAUACUUGACGAAAAUAGAUUAUAUGUAUUAUUGAGGCCACCGUGCAUUAAUUUCGUUUAAAAUUCAAAAGGUCAAGUAAACUAUUGAUAACUAAAACGAUUACUCGCAGAUCCAAGUCAGAUAAGGUGAGCAUAAGCUACACAAAUUACGCUGAAAGUUUUGUAUGUUAGAGUCGUCAUAGAGCAGGGUAAGAAAGUAAUUUAAUUUACCAGAA